AUGUCGAAACGGAACUUUCUUACGUUAGAAAAACGCGUGGAAGUUAUAAGACUUAGUGAAAGUGAGGAAAAGAUCAAACCGUUGGUUAUCGGGAAGUCGAAAAAUCCAAGGUGUUUCAGUGGUAUCAAACAGGAUCGUCUGCCGGUAAUGUACAAAUCUAACAAGAAAGCCUGGAUGACUGGCGAAAUCUUUGAAGAAUGGCUACACUGGUUUGACAGACAAAUGAAAGGUAGAAAAGUGCUUCUUUUUGUGGACAAUGCACCAUCCCAUCCUCAGGUUAAUCUCAAAAAUGUCAAUGUUAAGUUCUUACCACCAAAUACAACAUCUCUAUGCCAACCAAUGGACCAAGGAAUAAUUCAGGCAAUGAAACUCAAGUACAGGAAGAAACAACUACAGUACGUGAUCAGUCAAAUGGAACUUAAGCAGGGAAAAAGUGGAUUUGAUCUGUUGAAAGAUAUAAGUGUGCUGGAUGCAAUUUACUGGGUUGCACGUGCAUUUAAAGAAGUUGAAAUAAGCACCAUUGUUAAGUGUUUCGCGAAGUGUGGAUUUCAGUUAAACAGUGUUGAAAGUGAAAGUGAAUGCACAGUGUUGAACGAUUCAGAGAGUGAUGAAGAGGAGGAUGAUAACUAUUCAAUAGCGCUGGAAAUGAAAAUCUUCUUGGUACAUUUGUUGAUGCCGAGGGCAUUAUCACAAGCCAAAAACUUGUAG